AUGGCGGAUUUCAACCAAACCCUUCUUCCCCCACUUGUUAAAGAAAUCAAAGAAAGGUUCAAUAAACCCAUAAAUGAAUUGUUUGAAACGCUUAUCGAUUUCGAUGUGAUAGAAAGGCGGAUGUUCCCCAAAAUCAUAGUGGUAGGCGAUGCUAAUGUAGGUAAAACUAGCGUUGUGAGCAAGCUGGUAGGCGUUGAUCUGCCUCGCGAAAUAGGAAUUCCUUUCACUCUCAGUUUUCAGUAUCAUGAUGAUCCUUUAAGCAAAAUGUUUUUAAGUUACGAUAACUAUCCACUUCCGGUAAAGAAAGAAGUAUCCCAAGAUGAUUUGGAGAGUGAGAUUACAGAGGCUGUGAAAUCGCUGCCUGCUUACUGGUCAAAAUCGAGAUCAAAUUUUACAGUGAUCGUUAUGCAACCGUAUGUUUCUAAUCUCAAUAUUGUUCUGUUACCUGGACUCAAAAACUAUCCUCACGAUGACAAGGCUCAUGUAGAUCGAGAGAUCGAGAUUUUGGAUGGUUAUGUUAAGAAUCAACCUAGAUAUGGUAGAUGCAUUUUUCUACAUGUGGUGUCAGCACCAGAUUUUCAUUCAAAUCUGUCUAUGAAGUAUUUUAAUAGAGCGUACUACAAAUCGCACGUCGUUACUGUAGUCACGAAUCUAGAGUCAUGCUCUGAUCCGUCUAUCAUCGCACAACUGACUACGCAGAAAGUUGGCUUUUGGUUUGAUGAGCACUCGUAUUUAUUUGUUGAAACUAGUAGUUCAGUUGGGAAGGAGGGAGAAAAGUGUAAACAAUUAGUUGAAGAAAUGUACAAGAAAUGUGAUGAAGAAGCUGCUGCAAAAGAAGAGUUUGAUUUGGAUGAUGAAGAAGGUGACUUCGGGUUUGAAUAUCUGUUUGUUGAAAGUAGCUCAGUUGUGGAGGAUGAGAAAGGCAAACAUAUCAAAGAAGAUACUGAGAAACACGAAGAAGUUACUACUCGGGUGGACGAGAAAAGUGAAGGAAUCGAACAGGGUAUCCAAAAUAAGUAUAAUGUUUUCUCAAAAAUUAUUGACGGGAAAUAUUGCGGGUACGAUGUAGUUGCCAAAUCUCUGGUUGAUAGUAUGUUGUCAAUGUUGUUCAACUGGAAUUCUGAGAUUUAUGAAGGAAUUUCGAGGGAGUUGGAAAAAACUGCAAUCAAGAGAAGACAAUUAGAAGAACGGUUUGAUUCGUUUAGUGAAGCAUUACCAACGAUGUUGUCUGUCGUAGACUUAGCAAGUCGCUCUCUUUCGAAGCUCUUUGUAGACAAAAUGUAUGAAGAGUAUGAAAAUGAAAGUUCUAUGCAUGCAGCUGCAAUGAUGAAAGACAAGUUUGAUAUGUUUCAAUCCUUACUUCUGGAUCCAAGCAUUCAUAUAAAUGGUAAAUUUCUGGAUGAAGAGUAUAAGUUAUUGGUUAGCAGGUACGACGACUUUCUACCUCCCCCGGCUCCAGGCAUGCUACACUGGCUCCUCAAUAAACUAAUCUCAAAUGCUUCCAGUAUUAGUAAAAACUUUUCUGCAACUCUAUUCAUACACAUGAAUGAUGUCGUAGCAAAAGUUCUGGUUGACCAUGCGAAACACCAUCGACAGUUGUAUUCACCUCUGAAGUUGGCAGCCCAAAGGGUUCUUGCAAAGAUGCAAUGGGAUUUCAAUACAAAGGUGGAUGCAUUGUUAAACAUGGAAAAGAAUGUUAUCCUUACAUGCCAACCUGGUUACAAGGCAAAAUGGGACAGGUUAAAAUCAAUUGAGCUAAAGAUUGCUGAUAUCGAGAAAAAAGUUGUAGACAUUGAAGGAUUGGGUCGUGUCGAAGUUGGGCAUCUUGCUGCAUAUGAUGAGCGUAGACUUAAAGUGGCUUUUAGCUUAAAGAUGCGCAUCGUAUGUUAUUGGGAAUUUGUUGUGAACCGGUUUGUUGAUUACGCAAUGCUGAAUCUAAUGUCUUCUAUGGAGGAUAUGAUGUCUAAGUAUGGGUUUAACAUUGCAAUGAAAGAUAACUUAACCAAGAGUUCUCAAGAUGAGAGCAUCAAGUUACCGAAUUUAGAUCCUGAGCUAUCUCUAUUCAAGUUUAUUCUGGAAAAUAAAGUUGAUCAUCUUAAUAAAGUGAAAAAAGAGAUCGAGAUAUUGCAACAUCGAGAAUAUGAUUAG